AUGAAAUCCCCAACCCCUUACCCCAAGAUGGACCACUUGAACUAUGGGGUUGUUUCUAAAGCAAGUGAUAUGACAUGUGGACCUCAAAUAUUAAAAUUAGGGAAAAGAAAGAAGAGACUGCGUUUGUAUAGCUCCUGUUGUCAGAAAAAAGUGUAUAUAUUUGUUGCAGAAAUGGCAGACACAAACAAGAAAGAGGAAACUGCUAUUGAUGUUGCCGAUGACAUCGAGGAAGUAGAAGACGCAGGAGGUGAUGCUGGAGACAGCAAAACCCUUGAGUCUGCAGUUAUUGCUAGUCAACUGAUGCAGAACCCUGAAGUUCUGGCGGCACUCCAGGAUCGUCUCGGUGGCAUGGUGGGAACUGCAUCUGGUUACAUACAGAGCUUACCAAAGGUUGUGAAACGUCGCAUCAAGGCCCUCAAGAAAUUACAAUUUGAGAUGACAAAAAUUGAAGCUAAAUUUUAUGAAGAAGUCCAUGCUUUAGAGUGCAAAUACGCCACACAAUAUGCUCCAUUCAUGGAACGGAGAAAAGACAUUGUGACUGGUGGUACAGAGCCAACAGAUAGUGACGCAGAGUGGCCAAGUGAUGAUGAAGAAGAAGAUGAAAAAGCAGAGGCAGACAAACUAGCUGUAAGUGGAGAGAAGGAUGACCUUAAAGAUAAAGCAGCCAUCGAGGACAAGAAAGAGGAUGGUGAAGAAGAGAACCCAACUGGAAUUCCAAGCUUCUGGCUUACAGUUUUCAAGAAUGUUGACAUGCUGGCAGAGAUGGUACAAGAGCAUGAUGAACCCGUCCUUAACCACUUACAAGAUAUCAAAGUCAAGUUCACUGAAUCAGACCCAAUGGGCUUCACUCUAGAUUUCCACUUUGAUAGUAAUGAAUACUUCACAAACACAGUGUUAACAAAGCAGUAUAUCAUGCGCAGUGAACCUGAUGAGGCAGACCCAUUCUCAUUUGAGGGACCAGAGAUAAUCAAAUGUAAAGGAUGUAGCAUAGAUUGGAAGAAAGGAAAGAAUGUCACAGUGAAGCUAAUAAAGAAAACUCAGAAACACAAAGGACGAGGAACAAAACGCACUGUUACCAAAACUGUACAGAACGACUCAUUUUUCAACUUUUUCGCUCCACCAGAAGCGCCAGAGGGUGAAGAUGAGGUCGAUGAAGAUACUGAAGCUCUAUUAGCCGCAGACUUUGAGAUUGGACACUUUAUAAGAGAGCGCAUUGUUCCCCGUGCUGUACUAUAUUUCACUGGGGAAGCAUUAGAUGAGGAUGAAUACGAGGAGGAAGGUGAAGAGGAAGAGGAAGAUGACAAUGAUGAUAUAGAUGAAGACAAUGACCCAGACUAUGUGCCCCCACAGGGCGAUCCUGCAAAACCCGCUGAAUGUAAACAACAGUAACCAUAGCAACCAUAGUUCACCAUUCAUUUCCCUAGUGAUUACCAAUUGUACAUAGCAACUAACAGUCAGGCUGUUGGCGUUGAAUGUUCCCCGCUGAUCCCGCUGAAGCAAGUGAAUGCUGCAUGUAUGGAAAUAUCUAGCUAGUUUUGGGCAGCAUUAACCGACAACUUGGACGUAGGCUCAUUUUUGAAGAUAUAACGAACUAUGGAACAUGUGAACAACUAACGUUAUAUCGUAUCUCAGGCAUGUUAAGUGUUGCAAAACCUUGUAUAUGAGCCCAUUUCAAACAUUUAUCAAAGCACAUUGCCAGUUAUCAAGGCACAUUGCCAGUUAUCAAGGCACAUUACCAGUUAUCAAGGCACAUUGAAAUACAACAGUGAAUUAAAUCAAGUGCACCUGGUGUCAGUGGUGGAUUUUACAUACAGAUAGACAUACAGAUUACAAACUAUUUUAAAAUAAAGACACUUCACAAGCAACAGCUCUAAGUGGACACUGUAAAUAAUAAGUAGGAUGCCAGAUACCAUUGUGGAUAUACACGCAAAUUAUGUACAGUGUAGGAUAGAUGCUACGUGAAUGCACACCAUUCUGAUAUUGUGUAAAUUGUGCAACUAUAUCUGAACACUAGAUGAAAUCUACGAAAUUGUGUACAUUAUCCGCUGGUCACACUAGCAGGCCCGUAGACAGGAUUUGCC